CAUUUCAAACCCCGAGUGCUUCUCACGGACGCAAAAUGCAAACGUUAGUCAUCCUUCUUCUGUUGUUUUACUGUAGCAGUGCUGAAGAGAAAAGUGAGGAAAGCUUAACUAAUCUGCAUAAUCCGCCAACUUCCCAAACCGGAUUUGCGUUUGAGAUGAUUAUGGCCAAACUCAGCAUCCUGGAGCAUCGCUUCAUCGAAAAACAGCUCCAAACCGAGGAGCAGCUAACUGUUCUAAGCGCUCGAGUCGAUCAGCUCGUUAAAACCGUCGAAAAUUUGGCCUGGAUUGUGCAAAACACGGGAGAAACCGUGAACCAGCUAGGUUUGAACGGGAAACACAUGCAACACAAUGUCACCGUCAUCCAGCGCGAUCUUACGCAGGUUCUGGCGGAACAGAAGCUGUUGGUAACGACGCACCAGUUCGGUGAAUAUCUGCGGCAGAAAGGUUGCAACACAGCGAACGUUUCGUUUUUGAGUGAUGAACACUAUGCAACUGAUGAACACUAUGCAACGUACCGUUCAUGCAGCAAGGUACCCUUUUCCCAGUCCGGAGUGUACAGAAUCCGGCCCGAAAAGCCCUUCAAACAACCGAUCACGGUGCUGUGCGAUCAAGAGUUCGAAUCAGGUGGAUGGGUGGUAAUUCAACAUCGUUUCGAUGGUUCGACCAAUUUCUAUCGCGUUUGGAAGGAGUACAGCGAAGGGUUCGGUAAUUUUGAUGGCGAGUUUUGGCUCGGGUUGGACCGCAUCCAUCAGCUGACCAUCUCCGCACCGCACGAGUUGGUGAUCCUGCUGGAAGACUUCGAUGGCAAUAGGACGAUUGCCAGGUACGAUCGGUUUGAGAUCGCAAACGAGAAGCAGAUGUAUGUACUCACUAAAAUCGACGGAUACACCGGCACAGCUGGAGACUCCUUGAGUGAUUUGAAGGGACGGUCAUUCAGCACGCAGGAUGUCGAUAAUGAUGCGGCGAAUGAAAACUGUGCUGUAACUUAUACCGGAGCUUGGUGGUAUGGUGCCUGCCAUUCAAGCAACCUGAAUGGCAAAUAUCUACGCGGAGAAACGAAGGAAUUCGCCACGGGCAUGGUGUGGAAAUCGUUCCGCGGAUAUCACUAUGCGCUGAAAUCUUCCAAAAUGAUGAUAAGGCCGAAAAUGUGAAAACUGUCACUUAUUGAGCAUUGAGAAUUCAGUUUUUGGUAAAAUUGCAGGAGGUGCGCAUGUUGGAGAAGCGUUAUUUUAAUUAAGUCACAAUUGCAGGGUUCGUCGAUAAAUUUCCCUUAAACAUUUUUUUUCUUUAAAAAUAGUUUAUAAUUAGAUCGUGAUAUUCCAAUAAA